AUGGAGAAUCACAGUAAUCUCAAUAGCCGACAUCGGGCUAUUCUAUCUUGCUUGUCUUGUCACAAACACAAGAAACGGUGCAAUCGUGAGUGGCCAUGCAAUAACUGCUCCAAGCGAGAGUUUUCUUGCCAGUAUCAAGAACACCAGGGCCCUGCAACACAAAGGAUUACCGAACCUGGGAACCCAGAGCAGGAGCCUUUUCUCGAUGUUCAAGCUUCGGACAACAUCCAUACCAAUACGCUGGCCCUGACAUGGAAGCCCCCACAAGUACACUUAAGCCAUUACUCUCAACUGUUCCCCAGAGAUUUUCGUUUGAUGGAACAAUUUGUUAUUCAUUUUAAACCCCGGCUUGACACGUUUCGUGAAGCUUCUGGGAACAUCGAAAAAGACUGGCUGUUGGGAGUUACAAAACACCCUGCAUCCUUCAAUGCAAUAAUGUACUGUGGCGGAACUAUUUAUGCGAAAGAAGACCCAAAAUUCUAUAACGUGAGACGCGCUGAAUGUGACUACUUAAUGUACAAGCUAGCAGCGUUAAAUACUAUCAACGAGUAUCUCCGUGGAGAUUCCCUUGCGGCAGUUGCAGACGAAAUUAUGCUCGCUGUGCUGAUUUUAAUGCAUGUCGAUGGGAAAAUGGAAGAUCUAUAUGAAUAUAAAGUCCACCUUGAUGGCCUUCAUCAAAUGAUAACCCUUCGCGGAGGCCUGGGAAGACUAGGAUACAAUGGCUUGCUCAAAAACUGGUAUAAUUGGUGUGCCGCUAUGUUUAUGCAUUUCGGAGAUAGGAAUCUGUUGUACAAGUAG